CUUGUUUUUUUUUGCUUCUGCGAGAACCAAGUGACGAACGUCAAAAGAGCAACCUGGGAAAAGAAAAAUAGUUUGAAGCUCCUUUCGCAAUCUACUUUUUUUUCUUCCGAUCUAUGCUGUGGCAGGUGCAGCAGCCGUCCAAUCUCAUUUGCCUUUUGGCCAUCAUCCAGAUUGUUGGCUUGGCACUCUUUGCGCGUGGCUUUUUCCCGUAUAAAGUGUACCUCUCUGGAUUUGCCAAUGUCACUUCUUCAGCACCCCCAUGGCCUGAUGCAAACAGUGAAACACAGCCUGCACUUUUAGAACCGGAAUUUGACCGACUCGUAUUCAUUGUUGUCGAUGCACUUCGCAAUGACUUUGUACUUGGACCUGAUUCUCGCUUUGAUUUUGUCAAGAGCCAAAUCGAAUUGGGACAGGCGUUCCCGUAUACGGCGCGAGCAACGGCUCCAACGGUUACUAUGCCUCGAAUCAAAGCAUUGACAACAGGAACGGUGCCUAGUUUUUUAGAUGCUAUCCUUAAUAUCGCAGAGUCCGAUACGAGUUCGUCCUUGCAACACCACGACAACUGGGUCCAGCAGUUUCAACAAACAAGUAAUCGGACCAUCCAUUUUUUUGGAGACGACACGUGGAUCCGGCUGUUCCCCAACACGUUUGCCAAACAAGACGGGACGACGUCCUUUUAUGUGUCGGACACGGUCGAGGUCGACUUGAACGUAACACGGCACAUUGGACCGACCUUUACAGAGCAGGAUUGGGACGCCAUUAUUUUGCAUUAUCUCGGCCUGGAUCACGUUGGUCAUCUUGGUGGGCCCUAUAGUCCAUUGAUGCAGCCCAAGCAACGAGAAAUGGAUCAAGCAGUUGAACAGAUCUAUGGGAUAGUGGCACAGCAAGAUGCAGAACGCGUGAAGCAGGAUGCUGAUGCAAAGGGUACAUUAAUUAUUCUUUGUGGUGAUCAUGGGAUGAAUGAGGCAGGGAAUCACGGUGGAUCAUCUGUCGGCGAAACGUCUGCAGCUUUAGUGUUCAUGAGCCCUCGAUUCGAGUCACGUCCCAGCAUGAGACACACAAAGGUCCUACUGAGCGAGGAGCACACUGCCCGGGCGUUCGGCUUUCCAGUGAUUGACCAGAUAGACGUGGUACCUACCCUUGCAGCCCUGUUUUCCUUUCCCAUUCCCAAGAACAGUCUUGGAAAGAUCAUCCCAGAGUUGCUCCAGAGAAAGUCCGGUCCUCCUGUGCAGUUACUGAGGGCAUUGCAAUUGAAUGCUUUUCAGUUGGGCCAACUGCUCGAGCGCAUGGUGCCAGACUUGACACACUCCUUGCACAGUCCAGCUCAACCUCCAUCGGACACUACCAACCCCAUUGGACACGUUUACAGCCGUGCUGUCGAUCAGCACCGCAGGUUCUUGUCUUCGCUGGACAUAGCCGUCGCCAAAGCUGCUGCUGAAGCUUAUUCAGAGUUUAUCAUCGAGGCACAAUCGCAGCUUGCAAGUACAGCAAGUGACUAUAAGCUAGCAGAUAUGGCUAUAGGAACUUGCUUGAUGUUUAUCAGCGCCGCAGUGUUUGCAUAUCGUGCCAUUAUCUUGACCGAACGAAUGUCUUUGCUAUGGUCACAAACCAAGGUCUUUGCAUCUGGAAUGCUGAUUGCUUACGGUAUUAGCAUGUUUGCGAGUAGUUUCAUCGAAGAAGAACAUUCGGUAUGGUACUACUUCACAUCCUCGCUAUUCUUGCUACUGGCUUUGCAAUGCUUUACGAUACCAAACAAGAACGUGGUGCAACAAACGUGGUUGUCCGUUGUAUGCAUAACACAGCUUAUCUUGGUCCGUAUCACUAUGGAUUGGAACGAUACUAUCAGAUCAUUGAUGUCCGAAAACAUGAAAUGGCAUAUGCUUGCAUUGUCUCUUGCCGUUCCAUGGAUCUGGCUCGUAUACGCAGUGUGGCGAAGCAAAGACCGGCCGCUCGAAGUAGCACCCUCGUCCUCGGGCGCAAGCUACAUUAUAGCUUUUUGCAAGAUCGUGCUGGUCAUGAUCUUGGCACUGACAUGCGCAUUGAUAUUCUUAUACAAGGUCCGAUCAGAGCCUUCUCAAAGUCAAGACGACGGUGCUGGCCUUCACGCAAUGUACAAAGGAUUGCUUGUCAAGCUCGAAUUUACCAACCACUUGGACCAAGUAGCACUCGGCAAACUGAUAUACAAUUACUGCAGCUCUGGCUUGUUCGUGCUGACAGCACUUGUGUAUGUGAUUAAACGAGCCAGCGUUUUGGAUAUUCAAGAUCACGAGCACGGGGAGCAGCAACCACGGCACGCAAAGCAUUUUUUGGAUGUUUUAUUAUGCAUGAUCACUCCAAUGCUGAUUCUUUUUUCACGUACCCACAAUGCUCCUUUGUUUAUCAUCUACGCGGUGCAGCUGUAUCUCCUGCGCAUUUGGCACGACGCACUGCCUUUGCAAUCGGAAAUUGAAUACCGCGGAGGAACACGCAUCGUGGCAGUGAUCAUGCUGUGCUUGACGCAGGCCGCGUUCUUUAUGAGUGGACGCUCAAACUCAAUAGCGGCUGUUGAUCUGAGCAAUGCCUACAUUGGGGUCACUGGCUAUGACACUGUGUUGAUCGGUGCGCUGACGUUCUGCUCCAACUGGGCAACGAGUAUCUGGUGGUGCAUGGCUGGAUGGAUCCUUGUCGCUGAAGGACACGAUGGAUGGUGGGAAUAUGUUACGACACAAUCCGCAAUGUUUGGCGCUUUUCUGGCAAUUCUGUCGGUGGCUGUCACGCUACUUCGGGAGCAUUUGUUUAUCUGGACAGUAUUUUCACCCAAAUACCUGUAUCAAAUGGCAUGGACCUGCCUUUUUCAUUGGUGCAUCCAAGUAUUGACCGGGACCCUGUGCAUGCGGAUCUAUAAAAUUUCAAGGAGACAGCAGCAGCAGCAGCAGCCUUUGGCUGAGCAACAACAGCCAGAGUGAUUUGUGGAUGAUUUAGGAAGAAUAUACAAUUAUAGUAAUAUACAUUUCCCUACAUUUCGUUUCCUCAUUUAUCUUUUGGAGAACGAAGCAGAAGCAAUCUGUAUCAAGGAGAGCACAGGAAAGGGGGCAAGAUGGCGGCGCAUUAGUAAAAUGUAUAUAUACACAAAUGCAUAAUUGUACAACACGGUCAAAUUAAGGAGGUAAUAGUAGUGAAAAGAGGGUUGGAUGCGCGUAAACGCGCUUAACUCCGAC